AAAAAAACAAAUUUGUAGGGUUCUUAUAAAAUCACAGUGCUUCAAAACUAUUUAAUCGCAGCAUGCCGAGUUUGCUUGAACUGUUGUGAGAUCCAAUUCCAUUUCCCACCCCAGCACAACAUAAACAUUACAAUACAACGCCUGCUUCCUAAUUAUUACUGCUAAAUUAUGUACCAAGAAUUUGACACUGGUUUUGAAAACAAACUCUGAUUUAAAAGUAUACCAGUUUAGAAUUCUAAAUUCUAAAUUCUAAAAUCUUAUUUCGAAUAAAAUUGUACCUUAUCCCGUAUCUGCCCUUCUAUUGAUCUGCGUCUCAAAUUGCAAACAACAACCGGUUUUGAUUAGAUAAGUGCUAAUAAUCUACCGGCAUUUGUUUCCCACCGGUUCCGGGAGCUUCGUCGUCUCGAGCUUAGUUGACUGUCAAAUUUGGUUACGAUAACAAGUGCGAACUGCUGGAACUAGGAGAAUAUGGAAGAGGGAACACCGUUGACGGAAAAUCCUUUGCCAGAUGUCGUCAAUGUAAGUUUGGAAGUUCCGGUGAUUGGAACAGAAACUACAGACCGACUGCCUCAGUACGUGCAUGAUGCGAUUGACAAGGUGGCACCGGAGGAGGGAUUCACUCCGGGUCAGUACAAGGUUCACUUCGAGAGCGGUUCCAGCAAAGGGGAUGGCUUUGUGGGCGAGAUGUUUCGUGCCCGGAUAACAGAAGUCGCUCGGGAGUUGAUUGUCCUGUGCAAGAUACCACCAAGAAACGAAGCAAGGCGACAACAGUUCGGAGCUAUGACGAUUUUUGAACGGGAAUCUACCGCGUAUUCUAAGUUCUUACCGGCAAUGCACGAGUUUCAACGCGAGCGCGGAGUGACUGAUGAACUGGGGAUUGGAUUUUUCCAUACCCCAAAAUGCUAUUUUGCAAUGUGUGAUGAGGCUAAGCAGGAGUCUCUCAUAAUCAUGAACGAUUUGCGGCUCAGUGGGUAUCGGAUGUGGAACAAGCUGGUUCCGGUUAACUACGAGCACGUUCGUUUGAUGAUGAUAGCGCUCGGGAAGCUGCACGCUCUGUCUUUCGCCAUGAAGGAUCAACGACCUGAUAUUUUCGAAGAGUUCAAAGUUAAAGAUGGGUUGGUAGAAAUGAUGAACAAUUUUGAGCCGUUCCAACAGAUGAUGAACUUCAACAUGGAUCGGGCAACGUCCGUGCUGGAACCUCAUGAAGAAAAACUUCGACAGAAAAUGGAUAGACUCAAAACUGAUAUGCUUAGUGAUUUGAACAAAUUGACAGAUGCAGCUACAGCGGAACCUUAUGCAGUAUUAGGCCACGGGGAUUGCUGGGUGAACAAUAUGAUGUUCGCUUACGAGAAAGGAGUUCCCAAGGAUAUCGUCCUACUGGACUGGCAAAUCUGCCGUUACGUGUCCCCAACGUUGGAUUUGCUGUAUUUCCUGUUCUGCUGUACUGACGAACAAUUUCGGCGUCAAUACUACGACGAGAUGAUACGCACCUACUACGCAUCGUUGAAGGAGCUGCUGGGGAAGCUAGGAGGAGAUGCAACCAGGCAGUUCCCGUACACCGCCCUCCUACGGCAAUUGCGGCAAUUCGGUCGCUUCGGGGUGAUGAUGGCGGCGUUUAUUGUCCCCCUACUGUGUAUUGAAAAUGCUGACCUACCAGAUUUAGACGAGCAGGCCGAACGCUUCAAGGAAACGCAGGAAAUGGACAUGAGUGAGUUCCAGACCAAGGGGAAUUCGGAAGAAAAAUACCGCCAAAGGAUGGGAGGCGUACUGAGAGAUGCGAUAAGAUACGGCUAUCUGUGACGUCAGCACAUUACCGAUACCUCAUAUCGCACUCAGUUUAUUAUCGAUUAUAAAAGUACCUGACUGAUGCCUUUGAACUUGCCAUACAUAGUCACAAUAAAAGAGAUACCAAAGCA